ACAACUGUAAUAUUACGUAGAUAAUAUUCAGUUUGAUUUUUUCAUUAUAAGGUAAAUUUUAUUAUUUACCAAACAUGUUUUUAUUUAACAGUAUAAGUAAACUAAACACACAAAUCAAGAAUCUUUCUUCAAUAAGUUCACAUUUAUUUUUUUCAACAAACCAAACUCUGUGUUUAGAUUUAACAUGGCGUAGAUCGAAAAAACUUCCUCUGAAUCCUAUGGACAGAGGAACAUUAACAGAUGGUGUAGAUUAUAUAUUCCUUGAUGGCCGGCCAACACCUUUUGGUAUGAAGCGUAAAAGAAAACUGUUGCAACAAAGAGAAUAUGCUAAAAAAAUAGUGGAACUCAGUAAAAGUUUGGAUUUAGCUAAAGAACGAUAUGCAGAAAAAUUAUCCAAAGAAGAAAAAUUAAUUAAGAAUAUAUUGGAUAAAAAACUUUUACCAAAAGGAACUAAAUUUAUCAAAAAUUGAUCAAUUAAUUUAUUCAUAGAAUAUAAUGCAUUUUGCUAAUAAUAAAUAUUUAUUCUUUAAAA